AUGGUGAGGAGCGCAACGUCUAUUUGCUACUUCAAACAGCAGCAACAGCAGCAGCAGCAACAACAGCAGCAGCAACAGCAGCAGCAGCAACAGCAGCAGCAGCAGCAGCACCCAUGCUGGGCACACGGCGUCAUAUCUGCACCAGGCAGUUUGUUUUGUUUUACUGGGAGGCUUGGGGUUAAUAUCGAACCUCUAAGUCUGCAGUUUGUCGAUGUGCAACUUGAAAAGGAGUGGACAGAGCAGUUGACUUGGUGGAUCGCGCAGUGGGGUAUCGGACUCGGAGAUGUAGGAAACUGGUUGUUUCUGGUUUUGUCUGUCUUGGUUUUUCUUGUCGUUACUUGUAUGGCGCUGCGUUCGGCUAUUAUUUCUUCUAGACUGAGGUUCUCUAUCAUGAGACAGGCUGAGAAAGAGUUAGAAGGAAUAAGACAUCAGGCGGCUGAGCUGGUAGAGCACUCAGCGCUGGGAGAUUUAUAUAUGAAUAUAGCGAACGCAGAG